AUGCCACUGCGUCUGUUUCUCCUGGUGGCAGUCUCAGCCUACCAUGCGGAGGUGUACCGCGAACUGGCCAGCGACGAGGUGGCCCUGAUGGGACUCAACUUCACCAGGAAACUACUGCUGACGGCCCACAAGAUUUCCCACUGCCUAGCACUGGUCCUGCUCUCCCUCAGCCAGAUCCGUGGCCAGAUCAUCCAGCCAAUACGUUAUCCCGGCGGACCGGUGCACCCGCAGCGGCAACAGCGCUCCCUCUUUGGCCCACCCGGUCCACCCAUCGGUUGGAGUAGCGGUGGCGGCUGGGCCGGUCCCAGUCCCAGCUUCGGGUUCAGCCACCUGCCACCCUCAUCGAGCCCGCACGUAACCAAGGACGAGCUUCUGGCUCUACUGGCGGCCUGGAAAGAUGUCGAGCCCAAGCCGACUCCGUCUCCACCCCCUGAGCCCGAGGAUGAGCCGGAGCCUGAGGUGACCACCGCCCCCCCUCCCGAGGAAGAGGAGGAGCCAGAACCAGAACCGGAGGCCCCAGCACCAGCCCCAGAGGCACCAGCCGGACCUCCUCCCGGUGUGCCGGUUACCGUCUCGCUGCCAGCCCUGGUACCCAUUCAGCUAGCCGCCAUGUGGCAGACUCCAGUGCCUGGCGCAGGAUCUGUAGGCCUCGGUCUGGGCGGAAUCGGUGGUUUGUCAGGUCUAGGACUGGGACUGGGUGGGGGUGUAGCUGCAGCUGCAGCAAGCACUGAUGGUGGCGCUGCAGCCGGAGCAGCAGCUGCCACAGCACGCACUGCCACAGUCUCCCGUUCGCGGGCCCGUGCAAGGGUCGGAGGACGGCCCUCAAAAGCCGCCUCUAUUCGCUUUCCCGUUGCCAAUCCCCGCAGCUUCGCCUCAGGAAACUAUGUGGCGCCCAGACCGCGCUACUAUCGCGCCGCUCCUUCGCAGUCGGAGCCAAGUCGGGUCGAUGUGAUGCCAUCGCCCGGGUAUCUGGCCCAUGUUCCGGGACCAGUACAGCUCGUUCCUGGUUACUGGCAGUAG